AUGGCUAAUUGUGACGCUCCACUCACUGCGGCUGAGCGACGUGAGCGCCGUUUGAAACGCAUCCUGGGAGAUGGAGAGAACAGGAUCAAGAAAAUAUUGUCUGGUCCUGAUGGAGUGGUGAACAAAUCUACUGACCUCCUUCGUAAUGGCCAUGCUGAUACCGUUAAGGUGAACAAGCGAUUGCCACCAAUGCUGGAGGGAGGAGAAUACAAAUUCCCAUUCAUGUCUAACGGUGAAGAAGCAGGCGAGAAGACAAACGAUUCUGCUACAAGUACGUCCACUUUUAAACCGAGUCCUCCUUCUGCUUCAUAUCGACUUCUGUCCAGGAUCAGGCAGAUGGAUGUACCUUUAAGUCUUCUUUAUGGUAUUUUCGUUCGUCUUGUUAUGCUGAGAUAUAGUACCUUCAACAUAUUCCUGCCUUGGUUCCUGCUCUUCUUUGGUACCCGUUUCUUUUCAUUUCUUCAAGAUGGUGCCCAUUUUGUGAACGACAUAAAGACCACGUUACAAUCUCAGAACUUGACAGCAGUGGAAGGUCUGAUGAAGCGCAGCCGUAAGUUUUCUGUUGCUGUUUACUGGGCACAAAAGCACUCUGAGCCCAUAACAUAA